UUUAUGUAACAUAUUCUUGGCUGCGAUAAACAACUACACCAUUAUGGCGAUGAAACCAGCAUUCAAUCCGGAAACUGGGAGCGUAUUAGAUAUUAAUGGAAUGUUUGUUGGGAAGACAAUUCAUGUCUAUGGAAAAUCUCAUGAAGAUGACAAUGGCAGAAUUGCGGUAAAUCUUCUUUGUGGACCCGAUGCUGACGACCAAAUUGCUCUACACAUCAAUCCGCGUUUCGAACAACAAACUGUUGUAAGAAACACCCGAGAUAGUUCGGGUUGGGGUGGGGAAGAACGAGAUAAAGAAUUUCCUUUCAAGAAACCCGGAAGGCAGUUUGCGAUCUGGAUCGUUUGCCGAGAGGAGCAUUUUGAGAUCUUCAUCAAUCGUUACAAACUAUUUGCAACAUACAAACAUCGUAUCCCGCUAAAGCUUAUAACCCAUGUUCAAGUGGCACAGAAUUGUGAUAUCAGUCUUGUAUGCUCUGGAAUAAAAGGUUUGGACGUCCCUGUUCAAGUCUUUGAUGAACCUUCAGCUCCACUGAAUAUUGAGGUGCCAUUUUUUAACAUCAGAAAUCAUUCUGUUACCAUCUAUGGUAAGCCAAAUGACUCUGACGGCAGGUUUACUGUCGAUUUCUGUCAAGGUGACAAAAUUCAUUUCCAUUUCAACCCAAGACUGAGUGAAGAUGAGAUCGUACGAAAUACAAAGGAUGGAGGAUGGGGAUCUGAAGAACGGCAGUUGGAAUUUCCGUUCCCGUUUGUCAAAGACGUUCCCUUCGUGGCAAAAAUAACAGCACGAAAGCAUGGUUUUGACGUUGAGAUAAAUGGCUGUAGUGCAUUCACUUACGCCAAGAGAAUCAGAUCAUUGAAAGCUAUACGUAACAUCGGCGUCCAUGGAGAUGCGGAAAUCAUGAAAGUGGUUAUUUCAUAAAAUGAUAUUUCGUCAAUGAAGCUCAAAUAGAGAACUCUUCAUAUUAUUUUGGAAUCAUAGUUUUGCUGACUACCGAAAAGUAUAUUAUAAUCCGCUCAAAAACGCAUAUAUAUUAGCAAACCGCUUUUCAACUUCAGUAGAUUUUUUGUGCAUGCUUUAAAAAUUCCAAAUUGUAAAACCAGGAAAUUAAAAGGAAAACCGUCUAGUAAUGCAAUUCUGCAGCUAAAUUGGUACUGGCACUGUUAUGUCGAGUGUCGCCUCAUAUCAAGUUCGAUUGAUUGAAGCGCUUAAAUGGCUUUAUACUUGUCUGAAUAAACUGCAGGUCGAAUUCCACGAUUUCACCCUUUUGGGGGUGUGCUCGUUUUGCCGGCCUUUGUAGACCUUACGUUGGGUAAAGUCCUAUAUAUAAACACUUUUUAAGAUUAAAAAAAAACUUCAACUUGUUAGAGAGCCAGCAUAUGCUUCUUGUUUUAACAUAUAAUAACUUUCAGUUUAUACCGAGCCUUCUUCGAGAGCCGUAAGGGCUAAAAAUGGUAAAACAUCACAUCUAACAUGUAUACAUUCCAAUUCAUUAAUAUUCUUGAUUGAACACGUUACUGUUGUUUUAAAUUCCAGGCCAUAUCUAUACCCAUAUCGCUUUUAUGACAAAUGUAGCUAAUAAAAGAUGUAGCAAGUUA